GGGGUUUCAUAUGCAUGUCGGCAUCAGGGAGAAGGCUAAGAGGACAGUGGCAAGUAUUCCUGGGUGGGAGUGUAUUCACCACAAAUGGUCGGCAGUGCUGCAGAUGAGUGGGUUUCACUUUCCACUGAAACCCCAACUCCCAUUUCACUUUAGUUUUUGUCAACCUUCAAGGUUCAAUGCUGUGGAUUCUUUCUGCUAUUCACUAUGGGAUGAUGAUGAUAUGGCAGCUCAGGCCACUGCUCUGCAACUUUGUCCAUUCAGUAUAGCACCUUUAGUAAUCACGAUGGUAUUGGAUGCUGAGCUGAACAGUGAACUCUGAAGGGCAGGGAUUUCGUGGUGAUUUUGGUUUCCUUCCAAAAUCUUUUAGAUCUAUGAUUCUGUUCAGAGAACAGGGGAAAUUUGGGGUUUGUGAUUAGGUGUUCAAGAUGAAGAUGGUUUGGUUUCUGCUUUUAAUGGUUUUCUUGAAUGGGAUCAUUUCCAAUGGGGUUGGUACAAAUGUUUCUUCAAGGCCCAGUGUUGUGAACAUUGGGGCUAUUUUCAGCUUCAAUUCUACCAUUGGCAAAGUUGCAAAGUUUGCAUUAGAAGCUGCAGUCCAAGAUGUGAAUUCUGAUCCGACUGUUCUUGGUGGAACCAAGCUGAAACUUAGGACUCAGGACACAAAUUUUAACGGGUUUGGAGCGAUAAUGGAAGCUUUACAAUUCAUGGAGGGUGAUACUGUGGCCAUAAUUGGCCCUCAAUCUUCUGUCAUGGCUCAUGUAGUUUCUCACAUUGCAAACGAGCUCCAAGUUCCUCUGAUAUCAUAUGCAGCAACAGACCCCACCCUGUUUUCACUUCAGUACCCAUUCUUCCUUAUGACAACGCAUAGUGAUCUAUAUCAGAUGGCAGCAAUAGCAGACCUUGUUGACUACUAUGGAUGGAGAGAAGUUAUAGCAAUUUAUGUUGAUGAUGAUUAUGGGAGAAAUGGGAUUGCUGCAUUAGGGGAUGAACUUGCCAAAAAACGUUGUAAGAUCUCUUACAAAGCACCUAUGUACCCUGAAUCAAGCCGAGAUGAUAUCACUGAUGUGCUGGUAAAGGUGGCUUUAACAGAGUCUCGGAUUCUUGUUGUUCACACUUAUACCGAAUGGGGCCUAGAGGUGCUUGAUGUAGCACAAUAUCUUGGGAUGACAGGGAGUGGGUAUGUGUGGAUUGCUACCAAUUGGCUCUCUACCGUCGUGGAUACCGAUGCUCCUCUCCCUUCAAAUGCUAUGAAUAAUAUCCAAGGAGUUCUCACAUUGCGUAUGUAUACACCUGCUUCGGAACUAAAAAGUAACUUUGUCUCCAGGUGGAGCAACUUGACUAGGCCGGGGACCACGAAUCGCCAUGUUGGGUUAAGUGCUUAUGGUUUAUAUGCCUAUGACACUGUUUGGGUGCUUGCUCAUGCAAUUAAUGCAUUUUUCAAUCAGGGAGGAAGUAUUUCAUUUUCAAAUGAUUCAAGGUUAACCAAGCUAAGGGGAGGGAGUUUACAUCUGGAUGCUAUGAGCAUCUUUGAUGGGGGGAACCUGUUGCUUCAAAGCAUUUUGCAGGUUAAUAUGACCGGUGUAACAGGCCCAAUAAAGUUUAAUUCAGACCAUUCCCUUAUUCAUCCUGCAUAUGAAGUCAUCAAUGUGAUUGGCACAGGCGUUAGGAGGAUUGGUUAUUGGUCUAAUUAUUCUGGCUUAUCAGUUGUGCCUCCAGCAAUGCUUUAUACGAAGCCACCAAAUCGUACCAGUACAAAUCAACGACUUUAUGAUGCAAUCUGGCCUGGGCAAGCAGCGCAGACACCCCGUGGGUGGGUAUUUCCAAACAAUGGAAGGCAAUUGAUAAUUGGCGUACCUGAUCGAGUUAGUUACCGUGAAUUUAUUUCACGAGUAAAAGGAACUGACAUGUUCAAAGGGUACUGCAUUGAUGUAUUUACUGCUGCUUUGAGUUUAUUGCCAUAUGCUGUUCCAUAUAAGUUAGUACCAUUCGGGGAUGGCAUACAUAACCCGAGUUGCACAGAUCUCGUGCGCUUGAUCACAACUGGUGUGUAUGAUGCUGCAAUUGGUGAUAUUGCAAUCGUGACUAAUCGAACAAGGAUGGUGGAUUUUACACAGCCAUAUAUUGAGUCCGGGCUUGUUGUAGUGGCUCCAAUUAAGACUUCAAACUCCAAUGCUUGGGCUUUUCUGAAGCCAUUUAGUAAAAACAUGUGGAUUGUCACGGGCACUUUUUUCCUACUUGUGGGAGCUGUUGUUUGGAUUUUGGAGCAUAGGAUUAACGAUGAAUUUCGGGGUCCUCCUAGAAGACAAUUUGUCACUAUUCUAUGGUUCAGCUUCUCAACUCUUUUCUUUGCACAUAGAGAAAAUACCGUCAGCACCCUUGGCCGCGUAGUGCUAAUCAUAUGGCUAUUUGUAGUUCUAAUCAUCAACUCAAGCUACACUGCAAGCCUUACCUCAAUCCUCACAGUGCAACAGCUUUCUUCACCUGUUAAAGGGAUAGAAAGUUUACAAACAAGCAACGAUCCCAUUGGCUACCAACAGGGUUCAUUCGCCGUAAAUUAUUUGAGCGAGGAACUCAACAUUCAUAAGUCCAGACUUGUUCCUCUUAACUCGGCAGAAGAUUAUGCUAAAGCCUUAAGAGAUGGACCCAAAAAGGGUGGUGUUGCUGCAGUGGUUGAUGAGCGUGCAUAUAUAGAACUCUUCCUCUCAACCCGAUGCGAAUUCACCAUUGUAGGUCAAGAGUUUACCAAGAGCGGUUGGGGAUUUGCCUUUCCACGUGACUCUCCGUUAGCAGUUGACAUGUCUACUGCCAUUCUAAAACUGUCCGAGACUGGGGACCUCCAGAGGAUCCAUGACAAAUGGCUGAAAGGUAGUGCUUGCAGAUCACAAGAUGCAAAACUUGCAGUGGACAGACUCCAGCUUAGGAGCUUCUGGGGCCUCUAUGCCAUAUGUGGGUUAGCUUGCCUUGUUGCCCUUUUCAUAUAUGCCAUACUUAUGGUGCGGCAAUUCAGUAAACACUAUAUAGAGGAGUCUGACUCCUCUGUGCAAAACUCACGAUCUGGACGCCUCCAGACAUUCCUUUCAUUUGUUGAUGAGAAGGAAGAGGACGUGAAAAGCCGUUCCAAAAGAAGGCAAAUGGAAAUGGCCUCAACUAGAAGCACUUAUGAAGAUGAAUCUAUGAGCAGUUCCAAGAGAAGGCACAUAGAACUAUCCUCAAACAAGAGUACUAUUACAAGUGAUCAAGUCUAAUUCCUUGUUCUCAGUAAGUCUCUUCCAAAAUAUGAUCCUCUAGUUUGUGUUUCACACCUUUUAUAUGUAAGUAAUGUCUCUUGUACUAUUGUAGAAAUCAGCUCUUAUAGACAUGAAAUUGAUAGCUAGUUGGUUCUCAUCACAUAAAUUUUGUGGAAGUUUUAGGGUUGGUUUGGAAUCUAUUCUUAAACAACAAUUAUCUCUUAUUUAGAAGAGAAAAUAGUUUUCUUUGGCAAA